AUGGCAGACGAACGCAGCAAGGCAGAAACCAUAAACACCAGAAAACGCUCUCACGCCAUCAUGACUGGUGUCUUCAACACCAACAUCGCUCACGAAGACGUGAGUACCCAUGCCCCUAACAGCGCACCUACUCAACAUACCUCUGACGAUCAAGCUCAGCACACUCGCACAACCAGAGUCUUCGAUCGCUCCUCGGCCAUUGCAUCUCCUGACAACAACAACACCGAGGCAGGUCAUAGCCUUGGCGCUCCCUCUCGCCAGAUCGACAUGGAUCCCCGUAUCAUUGAAUCAGCUGCUAAAUUUCUUGCUGCUGUUGACGAAGAUCAAGACGACAGCAUGAUUGUCGAUGAAAAUCACCAUGGACUUGCCAACGCAUCUGUGUCCGAGGGAGGUGAUCGGACUGCCGCCGCUUCUGGAGCAAAUCACGAAGGCUACGAUGCCGAAGACGAGGCAAGCAAUACCUCCGAAGAAGAAGGGGAGGGACAGAUGGAAGCUGAGUCAGACGAAGAGACCAAGGCGAAAGAGGAGAAUGACGAAGAAGAAGAAACCAACCGUCCUAUGGCCCGAGGUACCAGCAUGCACGAGGAUGAGUUCUUUGAAGAACACUGGGACAUUGAAUUCCAUCACGUUUCCUCUCUUGAGGAAGUUGGCCACAAUGACGAGCAUGAAGCUGAAGAAGAGAGCGAUGCCGUCGAGAUGAAGGAGGAGGAGGAGGAUGAGGAAGACGAGGAACAGAACUUCGUCGACCACUCCGCGGAUCUCACCAGCAACAUCGAUGACUUGUACGACGAUGGAUACGAGGCAUCGUGGAUCGCCGCGAUCCGCUCUUGCGCAACGGGGUUCACUGGCGAACACGCGCCUGCGCUCGAAGAUUCCGACAGCGACAUGGAUUAUACGGAGGAUGGCAACUACGACGACGCAUUCAUCUGUGAAGCUGAUGCCGGUACCGAGGAAAGCCUCGAGGGAGCGAUCGAAGCUGAGGAAGAAGGCGAGACAAACGUCAAGGUGGAGGACGAAAAGGAAGAAGAAGACGCUGAUGAAACCGAAGAAGAGGAGAGUGAUCAGGAGGAAGUUGGAGAGGAGGUCUUCAGCCGCGGCCGCUGGGGCGAGAUGCUCUUUGCCCACGUCGCAGCUGUUUCUAUGCGCGAAGACGGGAACAAGAACGAGGACGAGGAUGAGGAAGAGUAA